AUGGAGCUGGCGGACGGCGUGGUGUACCAGGAGGACCCCGGCGGGCCCGGCCCCGCCAUGAUGUCGGAGCGGGUGUCGGGGCUGGCGGGCUCCAUCUACCGCGAGUUCGAGCGGCUCAUCGGGCGCUACGACGAGGAGGUGGUGGCCGAGCUGAUGCCGCUGGUGGUGGCCGUGCUGGAGAACCUGGACUCGGUGUGCGCGCACAGCCAGGAGACCAGCGUGGAGCUGGAGCUGCUGCGGGACGACAACGAGCAGCUGCUCACGCAGUACGAGCGGGAGAAGGCGCUGCGCAAACAGGCCGAGGAGAAAUUCAUUGAAUUUGAAGAUUCUCAAGAGCAAGAGAAAAAGGACUUACAGACCAGAGUGGAAGCAUUGGAGUCACAAACUCGACAACUUGAACUAAAAGCAAAAAACUAUGCUGAUCAAAUUAGCAGACUUGAGGAGCGGGAGGCAGAACUCAAGAAGGAAUACAAUGCACUUCAUUCAAGGCAUACAGAGAUGAUUCACAAUUAUAUGGAGCACUUGGAAAGAACCAAACUUCAUCAGCUAACAGGGGGUGAUCAGCUAGAAUCCACAACACACAGUAGAAUUAGGAAGGAGCGUCCGAUAUCUCUGGGCAUCUUCCCGUUACCUCCAGGAGAUGCCCUUCUCACACCUGAGGCUCAGAGAGAAGCAGCAGAAACACCUGCAUCAGAGCACUGGAAAUUCCACGAGCUGAGCCAGCCACGGUCCCACACCAGCCUGAAGGAUGAGCUCUCUGAUGUCAGCCAGGCAGGCUCCAAAUGUACUACUCCAGCAUCCACAGCUGCUUCAGAUGUGCCUGUGCUGCCUGCUGAAACUCCUCAGAAGGAAAAUGUUGAAGGGCUUGCAAAGGACACAGAGAUGUCGAAUGACAAGGUGGACAUAAGCAAGAAUAUUGAAGUACAGGCAGCUCAAGAGACAAGAAAUGUGUCCACUGGGGGAAAUGAAAAUGAAGAAAAAUCUGAAGUUCAGGCAAUCAUUGAGUCAACUCCAGAGUUGGAUAUGGAUAAAGAUCUCAGUGGAUAUAAGGGUUCCAGCACUCCCACCAAAGGCAUCGAGAACAAAGCGUUUGACCGCAACACAGAGUCACUCUUUGAAGAGCUGUCAUCUGCUGGUUCUGGCCUAAUUGGAGAUGUGGAUGAAGGUGCAGAUUUGCUGGGGGAAUAUUCUGGAAUGGGACGAGAGGUUGAAAACCUUAUUUUGGAAAACACUCAGCUGUUGGAGACAAAAAAUGCACUGAAUGUAGUGAAGAAUGAUUUGAUAGCAAAGGUGGAUGAAUUGACCUGUGAGAAGGAUGUACUACAAGGUGAAUUGGAGGCUGUAAAACAAGCAAAACAAAAGCUUGAAGAGAAGAACAAGGAACUGGAAGAAGAGCUGAGAAAAGCUCGUGCAGAAGCAGAGGAAGCAAGACAGAAAGCUAAAGAGGAUGAUGAUAGCGAUGUCCCCACGGCGCAGCGGAAGCGUUUCACCCGCGUGGAGAUGGCCCGUGUCCUGAUGGAGAGGAACCAGUACAAGGAGAGGCUGAUGGAGCUCCAGGAAGCUGUGCGAUGGACUGAGAUGAUCAGAGCAUCAAGAGAAAAUCCAGCCAUGCAAGAGAAGAAGAGAUCGAGCAUUUGGCAGUUUUUUAGCAGGCUCUUCAGUUCCUCCAGCAAUACAGCAAAGAAACCAGAACCUCCUGUCAACGUUAAAUACAAUGCUCCAACCUCACACAUUACUCCGUCAGUCAAGAAAAGAAGCAGCACCUUAUCUCAAUUACCCAGUGACAAAUCUAAAGCCUUUGAAUUCCUCAGUGAAGAAACUGAAGCCAGUUUAGCCUCACGCAGGGAGCAGAAGAGGGAGCAGUAUCGCCAGGUGAAAGCUCAUGUUCAGAAGGAGGAUGGCAGGGUGCAAGCAUUUGGCUGGAGUCUACCUCAGAAGUACAAACAGGUGGCAAAUGGUGGACAGGGUGAAAAUAAGAUGAAGAAUUUGCCUGUGCCUGUUUACCUGAGACCUUUAGAUGAGAAGGAUACCUCUAUGAAGCUGUGGUGUGCUGUAGGGGUGAACCUGUCAGGAGGGAAAACACGGGAUGGUGGGUCUGUGGUUGGUGCCAGUGUGUUCUACAACGAUGUGACUGGUGUGGAUGCAGAUGGCAACAAGCAGCAAACAGGAUCUCAGAGUAGCUUAGAUAAACUAGACCAGGAGCUCAAGGAUCAGCAGAAGGAACUGAAACAUCAGGAAGAAUUAUCCAGUCUAGUUUGGAUCUGUACUAGCACACAUUCUGCCACAAAAGUUAUCAUUAUUGAUGCAAAUCAACCAGGAAAUAUUCUGGACAGUUUCAUUGUUUGCAAUUCUCAUGUGCUUUGUAUUGCCAGCGUGCCAGGGGCCAGGGAAACAGACUAUCCUGCAGGAGAAGAAGGAUCUCAGGAAGCAGAUCCCAGUCAGGUGGACAAGUCCUCUCUGUGUGGCAGCAUGACCAGCAACAGCUCUGCUGAGACUGACAGCCUGCUGGGGGGCAUCACCGUGGUGGGCUGCACUGCUGAGGGGCUCACGGGGGCACCUGCAGCUCAGGAUGCCAACGGGGGCUCCCCAGUGGCAGAGAAACAGUCAGAUAUUGCAACGGAAAAUAACUUAGGAGAUGAGAACAUUCCAACAGCAGAGGAGGCAACAGAAGCAACAGAAGUCAAUGCAGGGACAGGAGAAGACACAGCUGAUAUUGCACAAACUGGAGUCUACACAGAGCAUGUCUUUACAGAUCCUUUGGGAGUGCAGCAUACAACAGAGGCAUCUCCAGUGUACCAGCCUAAUACUGAGUCAGAGUUAUAUAAAGAUGUUGCAGUUUUGCCAAAUGAGCAAGAUCUAGUGAGAGAAGAAGCACAGAAAAUGAGUAGCCUUUUACCGACCAUGUGGCUUGGAGCACAGAAUGGAUGCCUGUAUGUUCAUUCGUCAGUGGCCCAGUGGAGGAAAUGUGUUCAUGCCAUUAAACUUAAAGAUUCUAUUCUCAGUAUUGUACAUGUAAAAGGAAUAGUGUUGGUUGCACUGGCUGAUGGAACAUUGGCAAUCUUUCACCGAGGAGUUGAUGGUCAGUGGGAUUUGACAAACUAUCACCUCUUAGACCUGGGCCGGCCCCACCACUCGAUACGGUGCAUGACAGUGGUACAUGACAAAGUCUGGUGUGGCUACAGGAACAAAAUCUACGUUGUUCAACCAAAGGCCAUGAAAAUAGAGAAGUCAUUUGAUGCCCACCCAAGGAGGGAGAGCCAAGUGAGGCAGCUGGCCUGGGUGGGUGACGGGGUCUGGGUGUCCAUUCGCCUGGACUCCACCCUGCGCCUCUACCACGCGCACACCUAUCAGCACCUGCAGGAUGUGGACAUUGAGCCCUAUGUAAGCAAAAUGCUAGGUACUGGUAAACUGGGAUUCUCAUUUGUGAGAAUCACAGCUCUUAUGGUGUCUUGUAAUCGUUUAUGGGUAGGAACAGGAAAUGGUGUCAUCAUCUCCAUUCCAUUAACAGAAACUGUAAUCCUCCACCAGGGACGUUUACUGGGGCUGCGGGCUAAUAAAGCAGCAGCAGGCUCUGGAAACCGCCCGGGGAGUGUAAUCCGUGUGUAUGGAGAUGAGAACAGUGACAAAGUGACCCCAGGGACGUUCAUCCCCUACUGCUCCAUGGCACACGCACAGCUUUGCUUCCACGGGCACCGCGACGCCGUGAAGUUCUUUGUCGCUGUACCAGGUCAGGUUGUUUGCCCACAGAGUAGUGGUGGGACAGAGCUAACAGCUGAUAAACAAGCCCAAGAGUCCUUCAACCAGAGUCCCUUAAAAUCAAUGUUGGUGAUAAGUGGUGGAGAAGGAUACAUUGACUUCAGAAUGGGUGACGAAGGAGGAGAAUCUGAACUCCUUGGAGAAGCUCUACCACUUGAACCUUCUGUAGCCAAAGCUGAGAGGAGUCACUUGAUAGUGUGGCAAGUCAUGUGUGGCAGUGAGUGAGCCUGUAGGAUGCAGCUGGAGACCUUAAAAAAAAAAAAAAAAAAAAAAAAAAAAAAAAAAAAAAAAAAAAAAAAAAAAAAAAAAGGCCAAAAAAAAAAAAGCUUCUGCAUGUUUUUUUUUUAUUUUGUGAACCUGUUUCACUACAUGAUGUUGAAGCAUUUCUUUGCUGUUUAACUUUAUAUUGCAAAUUUGUCAUACCUUUAACUAUACAGGAAUUAGCUUGUGCUGUUUUACUGCACCUGUGUUACAUGGAACAGUAUAAGGAAAUCAGAUCUUUCUCCAACUGGCGUGCACACCAUAGUGAGCAGCUGAGGCAUUACUUUCACUGUACCACAGCAAUCUAACGUGUUCACUUCUUUGGUAGCCUCACUUGAGUUUGGCUUUGUUACAGCUGAGCUUCAUUUCACUGUAUAAUGCAUUGAGUAAAACAGCAAAGUUAUUCCCAGAGUAUUUAAAAAAAAAAAUGGACAAAUUGUAAGAUGGAUUAUUAAGACUCAUCCAAAUAUUCAGUGAGGGCUAAAGCAAACUGUGUAUUUCAGCUUUUGAUUUCAAACCUGGAAAAUCUCGCUUACAUAGUAUAAACGGUUUAAUUUCUUACAUUCAUCAGAGUUUUCAGGGCAAAGAGGGGACUGGAUAGGAAUUAAGAAUACAAUAUUUAAAUAAAAUCACAUUUUCAUUAUUGAACCUUAAAGUUUGAGAACUGCUGCCCUCAGUAAUGAGCAAUUUCGAGCAUAAUGUUUUUCCAUCUCCCUGACAUGGAACAACUGUUUCCAAAGGGUAUUCUUAGGAUGAUUUAAAUUGGAAAAUAACUGCAAAAUUCUUAAGCAGGGGAUAUGUUUUGUUCUUUUCUUGUCUUAACUCCUUAUGUCCUAAGCACUAGAAUGAUCUUCUCUGCCUAGCUGGUCAAACUCAUGAGGCACUACGUGUGUGAAGGUUGAAGACCUCGAUUAGAGCAUGAGAAAAGACUGAGAGUGUACAGGAAAAAUGCAUUCUGCCCAAGUGAGAUCGUAAAGGAACUUUAGUGCCAGAUGAUUAGGUACAAAAUGUAUUUUUUGUAGCUCCAUACCCCAAUUUAGUAAAAAAAGAAAUAUAAAAAAUAAAAAUUUAGCAACAAUAUUAUCAGGUAACACUAAGAUUGAGAAAAUUAAUGAAAGUCAGGAGACUCUAAUAUUAGGCUGACAUUCUGUCUACUCACCAUCUAUUUUUUUAACCAUAAAUGUGAGUUGAAGACUGUCUUCCUUUUGCAUUGAAAUUUCUACAUUAGUAUCAGACCUAAGUUAAAACACUUCAUGAUUUCUGUACUUCAGGAUAUUUAAAAACCCAGAUUUGCUCUUUCAUUUUGUCUCUGGAAAGUAAAAGUUUUGAGGGGUUUUAAUGAACAUCCAGCAUGUACCCCCAAAAGGCUGGGACUGUUCAGAUUGGCAGAGAAAUUUAGUCACUUGAUUAUGGGAGAGAACUGAACAGUUUCAGAGGAGUAAAUAUAGAAACACUUUUUUAAAACUGCCUAAACAUUUUUAUGCAAUAGGAGCAGUUCUGGUCUAUCAGGCAAACAUGUGUUUAUAUAUUUUCUUAAUUUUUUAAAUGAACACAUUUAGCUGAGGUCUAUUGUGUAAAUAUAUAUUUAGGCAGCUUUUUCAAAUGCAUAUCAUAGCUGAUAAACCAGAAAAUCUCCAUUCAGGUCUAUUGGUUAGAUUUAUAUGUAUAAAUACUUUUUAAGCGACAUAUUUUGUACACAGCUGUUCCUCUCGUAAAUAUGUAUUUAGGACAUGAACUAUGUAGUAAAAAUCCUUAUUAAAGAUGUCUAAUAUCUUGGUAGUAUUUUUCUCUUCAGAAUGCCAAAAGUGAUGAGAGCAUGUUGUUCAUAAUUUGCUUUCCAAAUUCAUCUUUAACGUCACUCUUAAAGUACUUUGGCUUGAAUAUAAAGUCUGGAAGCUUAUUAAAAACUAUACAAAUACAGAAAGUAAAAUGAGUCAACACUCUUAGACCUAUUUUAAACUUAUAGGCAUGUAUGCUGAACAUGAAGCACAUCUGAAUUAACUUCUGGGAUUGGAUGUCUAAGAAAAAUGCUGUCUAAACUUUUACUGUUGUGCAGAAUCUUCACUGUGAGUGGUGCAGUUUCAUCGCUUUUCCUGCCAUUUUCUUGAAUUUAAUUUUUUAUUUUUUUUUUUUCCCCUCUUUGGGAAACACAAUCUCCAAAGUUUUUACUCACUGGUUGAUUGUCACAUUCUCAUGUUCUCAGAAAAGAGAAAAAAAAAAAAAAAAGCGCACAAUUCCGUUCCUUGGUUCUCGUGUGGGGUUUUAUUUGUUGUUAGAGACGAGCUGUUUCCUCUGCAAACUGGAGCAGCUCAACCUGGCAAGCGUGUACCUGGUCCUUUGCCAAAUGUAGCUGGUCCACCGUGCCAUUUUAGUCACCUCAGUGGGCCAACUCCUGCAAAUAUUUCAGAGGAUGAUUGUUGCUGUCCAAAAGUUGGAAGGGUUUUGAAGCAGACGGUAGUUUUAACUGUGUACCACUGUGGGUGUAGAUAAAAGGCAUGUGCACUUCUCUGUAUUUCUCAUUUAAAAACUUCUAUCCCCUGUCCUAAGGUACAGUAGAUUAACUGGGUCCCUGUUGCCAUCACAGUGCUCUGGGAUGUAUAAGCUCUCCUUAAGGUGUCUUUGAAGGGUGAAUAAAGCACGUAAAGCCCAGGCACUGAGGUGACAAUACACCCCUCCAAUCCGUCUCAAGAAUGUGUUUAUGCAUACACUCGUGAUUAAAGCAUCAUAUAAAUAGGAGCUAAUCUCUUGAUAGCUACAGCUUGUUAAUAGUUUGGAAACAUUUCGAGCACAAAAUAUGCAGCACAUGACUUGCCUGGGUAGGGGUUUUUUGCAUGGUGAAGGUGAAGCUGCAUCGUCCAUUCCUUGGGAAGGCCUUCCUGCCUCGGAUGGGAUCGAGCUGACAGAGCGUAGACACUUUAUCAUAGGCUGCCUUAGUAACAAAACAAAUGUUAAAUCUCUUUUAUUAUACUAACUGUUCUAAAGAACGUGUGUCUUUUAAAAAUGCUGUGUAACUGAAUAUUUAUUUCCAUGUGAGUAUUAUAAAAGUUACCAAAGGAUUAAACCUGACUUAGCACUCUCUGUAAGUGGCCCUGUUGAGGUGGGGUCUUGUGAAGGCCCCGCCCUGUAAAACGAGACACGGUAAACUCAAAUACAGUUCUUUAGGGAAAUUAAAUGUUUUUGUUUUUUUUUUCUAACAGGGUUAUGCCAUAUUGUAACAGCCUAUGUUGCACCUCAAAGCAUUUUUCUAUACACUAAAUGUCUCUCCCGCCCUCUAACAAGAUUAAGUUUCCUUUAUUAAUUUUGUUGAUGCACAUUUCUCAAUCUUUUAAACAUAUAUUUUAAACAUUUUAUGGUCUGUAAUUUUGGAAAGUUUUGUCUGUUGGACACUUUACGCUGAAUUUUACUUGCCUCUGUAAUCUGAGAUGGAUACUACAGCGUUAAACUUGCUGUCUGUUAAAACUUGAGGCUUCUUUUCUGUGAGCAGAGGAGCUCAUAUAGCAGUGUAGUUAUUUCAGUAUUUAUUUCUAUUAUUGAAUCCAUGGGGUUCAGAAUGUAACUUUGUACAUGAAAUAUAUAUAAAUAUGUAUAUGAAACAUG